CCUUCUUGCCGCUAGCUAGGUAGCUAGCCGCUACUACUGCUAUUGAAUUUUAUUUAUCUACAAGUUUUGUUGCUAAAAUCAAGUGGAAGUGAGAGUGACUGAAUAAAACUGAAGGCUACAGGAUGUGUUAAGGCGAACGAAGUUAUACACAUUCAUUUACUGAAACAUUCUCAACCAACUUUUGAUAUUUACAUGAAGUGAUGGCAGAAGAGCCACGGCGGAAAGCCGUAAAAGUGGUCGUAUUAGGAGACAUCGGACGAAGCCCGCGCAUGCAGUAUCAUGCACUGUCGCUGGCCAACAACGGUCUCAAAGUGGAUCUUAUCGGUUACGUGGAUACUUCGCCUCUACCCGCUUUAUUGGAGAACCGGAACAUAACUGUCACGAAACUUAACCCUCUUCUCUUCAAUGCUGGACCGAAGCUACUGCAAUAUGUUCUGAAGGCUUUCUGGCAAUCUGUGAGCUUGUUUUUGACCCUCUGUGUGACCGGGAAGUGUGACUAUCUGCUGUGUCAAAACCCGCCAGCCAUCCCCACGCUCCCAAUAUGCCGAUUGUACUGUUUAAUCACUAAGACCAAGUUCAUAAUAGACUGGCACAACUAUGCAUACUCAAUUAUGGCCCUGUCUUUAUCACCUACACACCCGUUAUUGAAGCUGGCUAAGAAAAUAGAGCAGUACUUUGGCCAGUCUGCAGAUAGCAAUCUCUGUGUCACAUAUGCCAUGAAAGAGGACUUGAUACAGAAUUGGAAUAUAUCAGCAACAGUCCUCUACGACAGGCCACCUAAAAUAUUCCAUCCCAUGUCUUUGGAGGAGAAACAUGAGUGGUUCCUAAAGAUAAGUCAGCAGUACCCUGAGUUUGGGCUCUCUGGGCGGGACCAACUGAACUCUUCGUCCAGGGAUGCAUCGGACCGGAAGACCGCAUUCACUCUGGCUGUUGGCAGAACAGUAGAAGUGAGGAAGGAGAGACCAGGGCUACUGUUCAGCAGUACUAGCUGGACUCCGGAUGAGGACUUUGGAGUCCUAUUGGAAGCUCUGCAAGUGUACGAGACCACCUACCCAAUAACAAAGAAACUGCCAAAACUGGUGUGUGUAAUCACUGGCAAGGGUCCAAUGAAGGAGCACUACAUCAGUCAGAUCGCCAAGAGGAAGUGGCAACAUGUGAAGGUGGUGACUCCUUGGCUGGAGUCAGCUGAUUACCCCAAGAUGGUGGGCAGUGCGGACCUGGGAGUCUGUCUUCACACUAGCUCCUCGGGACUAGAUCUGCCGAUGAAGGUUGUGGACAUGUUUGGUGCAGGACUGCCUGUUUGCGCGUUUAGUUUUAAAUGUCUCAAUGAACUAGUAGAAGAUGGAGUGAAUGGCUACACAUUCAACACUUCAGAUGAGCUCGCCAAACAGAUAGUCCGGUGGUUCUCAGACUUCCCCAACAAUGCUGAGCAGAACGCCACCGCGGCCAAAAUGAGAGAAAGACUGCAAAAGUUCCAGGAAUCCAGAUGGGAGGACAACUGGAAUCUACGAGUCAAAAAGAUUUUUGAUAUGUGAUAUUUGUUUGUUUAUUUAAGUUAUAUAUUGAAUGCAUUUAGUUUUAGGCCAGUCGUUUUAUAAUUUGUAAAUAAAAUGGGAUCAAUAAACAUUCUAAUUUUGUGAA